UCGGUUAGACAAGAUUCAAGCCAAUAACGGGAGUGUAUUAAUCACUUUAAAAAUCACAAAUUUUGUCAUCGUUUUCACUAAAUUAACAUUAUUCUUAUUACAAUUUCUUAAAGUUGGUCUCAAAUUUGUGUUCUACUUUAAUAUAUUAUUGUUCGUAUGAGUUAAAUGUUUAUGUUGUGAGCAGUGGUUUAAUCGUUAUUUUCAUGUGUUAAUCUAAACAACUCUUUACUUUUUGUAAGAUGGCCAAAUUAAUAAAUGUUAUUAAAGACGGCGACGAAGAACUGGAAAAAAGGCAGCUGCCUUUGGUUAUCGAUGAAAAACUAACUAUGGUGUUGGACUUGAUCGAUGUCGAUUUCAUGUGUGAAUAUCCCAAAAUACGAGGAAAAGACAAAGAACUUUUUCUUCGGAAAUUUAGUAUGUUGAAUGUACAGGAAUUGAAAGAUGCCUUUCAAGUUAGCUGCAAGCGAAUAUUAGAUAUUGUCAGUGAAAUUGUCCCAUGUGUAGGAUGUCGAAGAAGUGUCGAACGCCUUUUUCACCAAAUGAAAACUGGCCCAGGAAGAUCUGGUUUAUAUCCGUUAGUAGUGACCCUAGAUGGAGUGCUAAUUCUCCCAGAGGAAGUUUUCAAAUGGCCAAAUGUUAUCGGGGCCAUGUUUCAUAACCAUACGGCAAAGCUUAAUAGUCUGUCAACGUCUUGGAGUCGUUCUAAAAAAAGCAGUCGUUGCGCUUUACACUCGCUAGACGCACAACGUUAUGUUAGACCACCUCUUGGAUCUGGCUGGCGAGCGCUGUGGGACUGCAUGGUCCCAUUUUGUAAACAAGAAGUGGCCACUAUUGAUACUUCUCAACUUUUAAAUACGUUAGAGACUUAUCUGCAGAAACACAGGUUUUGUACAGAAUGCCGAACGAAAGUAAUGAAAGCCUAUUCGUUACUCGUCGACGAACCAGAAGAACGUAAAAAUGAUAAUGCUGACGCAUCAACUUCUGCUACGCCGUGUGAGAAAAACGGUAAUGCCUCGAAUACCGGAGAACCAAGUUCGAGUUCAGAACCUGUCAAGGAAAAAGGUUUUAUACCGUCUUUAUAUGCCGGAAUCAGAAGGUGUUCACCAAACAAUCAUAUUCACGUUGAUCAAAGAACCGAUUACAUAAUGGGGUUGAUUCUCGCCGCUGAACCUGAACUGCUGGGAAAUCGCCGCGAAAGGCACGCUAAAACUUUAGAAAUCGCUCAAGAAGAAGUACUGGUAUGUGUUGGAUUAUGCCUGUACGAAAGAGUGCACAGGAUACAGCUACGACUACGUGAAGAACAAACUACCUGUCAGUUACUUGCUUUAGUAGCAAUCAACGCACUGUCUACCAAUUUUCAGUUGGCUGUAGAAAUGAAACAGGGCAUUUCUCAGUUGGAAUUACUGUUUCAAGAAUUUAGCCGCGAAGAUCGCCUGAAACAAAAACGAAAACAGGUGAAAAAAUUGAAAAAACGUAGAAAGAAGCAAAGAAAAAAUGCUGCCGCUGCUAUGAACGCUUCACAAGAUACUCAGCUCUCCAACGACGAGGAAGAAAAACAAAAUUCCGAUGAAGAAGAAAAUGAAAAAGAUAAAGACGAAGAUGAAAACGAAUAUUCCGAGAAAGAAGAGAAAUCGAAUGACAGCGAUGAUGAGAAAAGUUGCAACAUUAAAUCGUUUUAUAGAAUCAGUAACGAUAGAAUCAUGAAAAUUGUUCGCAACGACGUGCCGUCGAAAUAUUCCGAAAAGAAAGACGACUCGUGUUAUUGUUCGAAAUACGAGGGAGCCAGUAAUAAUACGAAAAACAAGGAAAAUCAACGCGUGAAAUCAUCUAAUAACGCUGAUUCUCGCGCUCGCUAUCUCGAAAAAGGAAAGAAACCAUCGGUUACGUCGAGAGAAUGCAAUACCACUGCCGGUAUAAACGUCAGGAGACAGCAGGAUAGCAAAGAUAUUAAAUCACGUACCGUUUGCCGUCCUAUUAACGAAUUUAGUGAUACGAAUAGUAAUAGUAGUGGAAGCAGCAGCUCCAUUUAUUCCAAAUAUCAUAGCGAUAAAGAAAAUGCCAGCAAUAACUAUAUUAGUUUUAAGAACAGCAGUAAUACCAGUGACAUAAGUAGCCUUAGUAACGGUGCAAAUGACGCUGCCGCGCCGUGUGAUUGUUGUACCGGCACCCAAAUGGAUUGUGGGUACGGGUCUGCCGAUAAUAAUAAUAUGAGCAGCAAUGCUAGCGGAGAAAGUUCAGUGGAUAGUUCGGAGGUAGCUUGUUCCGAAGGAUUCUGCAACCACGAAGGCACAGAAGAAUGUAAUUUCGAUAUACGAGAUGGCGGAAGCGGAGAUCACAACGUGAAGAGGAGUACGGCGAAUUACGAUCAUAACGAUAACAGUAUUCUUAUACUUGAUUCCGCCAGUCAAAGUCUUCAACAAAUGUUGACGGAAACAUCUGCCGAUCGAGAACUUAAUAAGGAUCACCGAAUCGGUGAUUGUGUCAUUCCAGUGGAAGAAAUACAGAGAUAUAAAUCCAGCAUGAGUCGCAUCAAUGAGAAACGUAAAGAACUGCGCCAGACGUUGAAAUCUAAAUUUGCUCAGCUCUGUUUGAAACAACAAUGCGAUGUUCUUCCCGCAACGUAAAUUGAAAUCUAUGAUCGUCGUUUUAAUUUCAAUACAUCGAAGGUAUCAAAGUAAUACAGAAAUAUAUGUAUGUGAAAAUCACGAAAUUAUUAUCUUUUAUUUUAUUAUAUAAUAUAUAUAUUUUUUUACGAGAAAUAAAUAAAAGUUCUAUCCGGUAAUAUGCGCUAAUAUAAAUAUUAAAUGAAUUUUUACGCUA